AUGGAUAAGUACGAUGAUCUGGGUUUGGAAGCCAGCAAGUUCAUUGAAGACCUCAACAUGUACGAGGCCUCCAAGGAUGGACUUUUUCGGGUGGACAAAGGUGCCGGCAAUAACCCCGAGUUUGAGGAGACCAGGAGGGUCUUCGCCACUAAGAUGGCCAAGAUCCACCUCCAGCAGCAGCAGCAGCAGCAGGAGGAGAUGCUCAUGGCCGCCCUGAAUGGAGGGGCUGCCUUCAGUGCCCCCCGGCCCAGCCCUGCCAAGCCGCCCCCAGCCUCCCUCGUUUCCAGGCCGUACGAAGGGGAUCGUGGCUUUGGAGAGAGCGGGACGCGUGCUGAAGCCCCGGUGAACCAAGCCAGGUGCCAGAGCUGGGAUUCGGAGCCCGACAGGAUCCCCAGGGGUGGGUCCUCACGCGGGGAGCAGCAGGCUAGGAGCACCGCUGACGUCCAGGCCUGCCAUGGUGGGCAGGAGAAUGGCAGUGAAGGCAGGAGGAGUGGUCGUGACCCUAUACCGACUGGACAGAAGUCCUCAUCCUUUUCGCACGCCCGGACGCCCCCGGCACCCUCAGCGGGGUCAGAGAAAGGGACACUGGGGACCCAGCAAAGGUCUUCCUCCUUCUCAGCUCCUUCGGUGCAGCCUGCGUGUGGGGUUUCAGGCUCCACUGAGCCCUGCAGGCCCAGGGCUGAAGGAGAGGGCAACCAGCUGUGGUACCAGGACGUCCCACCGUCUUUCUCCACCAGCUCCAAGCCCACAGCCCCGAGCGUGGACUACCAGCACACCACUGCCUAUCCCAGCCCUGCCAGCCACUUCGUGGCCCGUGGUCAAAGCCACCGACCCAACGGCCCCGAGUCGGGCUCUUCACACCCGGCCUCGCGUGGGCUGGCGGCCCCCGAUCCUCCACAGCCGCUUUUCCAGGAAGGUGUGAGUGGCCCAUGGUCGGAUGCCAGGCACCCAGAGAGCUCCAGCGCAGCAAAGGUGAAGCUGCCCUGCCAGACCCUCCUUCCACAGCCUGAGCAGGGGCCAUCAGCAGCCGAGCUGAAGCUGGAGGCGCUGACCCAGCGCCUGGAGCAGGAGAUGGAUGCUCGGCCGAAGGCCGAUUACUUCGGUACCUGCGUGAAGUGCAGCAAGGGAGUGUAUGGAGCAAACCAGGCUUGCCAGGCCAUGGGCAACCUCUACCACGAUGGCUGCUUCACCUGUGGAGCCUGCAGUAGAAAGCUGAGAGGAAAAGCCUUUUAUUUUGUCAAUGGCAAGGUGUUCUGUGAAGAAGACUUCCUGUACUCUGGUUUCCAGCAGUCAGCUGACAGGUGUUUCAUUUGUGGUCAUUUGAUAAUGGACAUGAUUCUACAGGCUUUAGGGAAAUCCUAUCACCCAGGCUGCUUCCGCUGCGUGGUCUGCAACGAGUGUCUGGACGGAGUGCCCUUCACUGUGGACUCUGAGAACAAGAUCUACUGCGUCAGGGAUUACCACAAAGUCUUAGCUCCAAAGUGUGCAGCCUGUGGACUUCCCAUUUUGCCCUCUGAGGGCUCUGAUGAGACCAUUCGGGUUGUGUCCAUGGACAAGGACUACCAUGUGGAAUGUUACCACUGUGAGGACUGCGGGAUGGAGCUGAACGACGAGGACGGGCACCGCUGCUACCCGCUGGAUGAGCACUUGCUCUGUCACUCCUGUCACCUGAAACACAUCGAGAAUGGCACAGCCCCAGCAGCUGCCUACCAGCACCACUACUAG